GCGGUACCGUGCGCGUGCGCGCGUCGGAGGGGAGUGGAGGCGGAAGCGGAAGUCGAGGGGCGCGCCAGCUGGGAGCGCAGGGGCGUCCGCGGCGGCAUCGGUCCGGGCUGGGGUCGCCAUGGGGCGCGGCGGCGGCACCUUCGAGCGUCUCCUCGACAAGGCGACCAGCCAGCUCCUGCUGGAGACGGACUGGGAGUCCAUUCUGCAGAUCUGCGAUCUCAUCCGCCAGGGGGACACCCAAGCGAAGUACGCCGUGAAUUCCAUCAAGAAGAAAGUGAAUGACAAGAACCCUCACGUGGCUCUGUACGCACUGGAGGUCAUGGAGUCUGUGGUAAAGAACUGUGGGCAGACUGUGCACGACGAGGUGGCGAACAAGCAGACCAUGGAGGAGCUCAAAGAGCUGCUGAAGCGACAAGUGGAGGUGAACGUGCGGAACAAGAUCCUGUCGCUGAUCCAGGCCUGGGCACACGCCUUCCGCAACGAGCCCAAGUACAAAGUGGUGCAGGACACCUACCAGAUCAUGAAGGUGGAGGGACACGUCUUCCCAGAGUUCAAGGAGAGUGAUGCCAUGUUUGCUGCCGAGAGAGCCCCCGAUUGGGUGGACGCCGAGGAGUGCCACCGGUGCAGGGUGCAGUUUGGGGUGGUGACCCGCAAGCACCACUGCCGGGCCUGCGGGCAGAUCUUCUGCGGGAAGUGCGCCUCCAAGUACUCCACCAUCCCCAAGUUCGGCAUCGAGAAGGAAGUGCGCGUGUGUGAGCCCUGCUACGAGCAGCUCAACAAGAAAGCCGAAGGGAAGGCGACCACCACCUCCGAGCUGCCUCCGGAGUACCUGACCAGCCCCCUGUCGCAGCAGUCCCAGCUGCCCCCGAAGCGGGAUGAGACGGCCCUGCAGGAGGAGGAGGAGCUGCAGCUGGCACUGGCCCUGUCGCAGUCAGAGGCCGAGGAGAAGGAGAGGCUGAGACAGAAGUCCAGCUACUCGGCUUACCCCAGGGCGGAGCCCACGCCCGUGGCCUCGUCAGCGCCGCCUGCGGGCAGCCUGUAUUCAUCCCCUGUGAACUCCUCGGCACCGGUGGCAGAGGACAUGGACCCCGAGCUUGCCCGAUACCUCAACCGCAACUACUGGGAGAAGAAACAGGAGGAGGCGCGACGGAGCCCCACGCCCUCGGCACCCGUGCCGCUGGCGGAGCCGGCCACCCAGCCUGGGGAGGGGCCCGUGGCCCCAGCCAGCGCGGCCGAGACAUGCCUUCUGGAGACGGAGGCUCAGUCCGUGGCCUCCCCCAGUGGCCCCUUCAGCGAGCAGUACCAGAACGGGGAGUCGGAGGAGAGCCACGAGCAGCUGCUGAAGGCGCUGCAGAACGCCGUCACCACCUUCGUCAACCGCAUGAAGAGCAACCACAUGCGGGGCCGCAGCGUCACCAACGACUCGGCCGUGCUCUCGCUCUUCCAGUCCAUCAGCAGCACGCACCCCCAGCUGCUGGAGCUGCUCAACCAGCUGGACGAGCGGCGGCUGUACUACGAGGGGCUGCAGGACAAGCUGGCGCAGAUCCGGGACGCGCGGGGCGCUCUGAGUGCCCUGCGGGAGGAGCACCGGGAGAAGCUGCGCCGGGCGGCGGAGGAGGCCGAGCGCCAGCGCCAGAUCCAGCUCGCUCAGAAGCUGGAGAUCAUGAGGCAGAAGAAGCAGGAGUACCUGGAGGUGCAGCGGCAGCUGGCCAUCCAGCGCCUGCAAGAGCAGGAGAAGGAGCGGCAGAUGCGCCUGGAGCAGCAGAAGCAGACGGUGCAGAUGCGGGCACAGAUGCCUGCCUUCCCCCUGCCCUACGCCCAGCUCCAGGCCAUGCCCGCGGCCGGGGGAGUGCUGUACCAGGCGUCGGGCCCGACCAGCUUCCCAGGCACCUUCAGCCCAGCGGGCUCGGUGGAGGGCUCCCCCAUGCACAGCGUGUACAUGAGUCAGCCGGCCCCGGCUGCCGGCCCCUACCCCAGCAUGCCCGCUGCCACAGCAGAUCCGGGCGUGGUGGGUGCCUAUAUGUACCCUGCGGGCACCACAGGAGCACAGGCGGCCCCUCAAGCACAGGCCGGGCCCGCUGCCAGCUCUGCCUACUCCUCCUACCAGCCCACGCCCACCCCAGGCUACCAGAGCGUGGCGUCCCAGGCCCCCCAGAGCCUGCCCAUCCCCCAGGCGGCCGCGCAGCCAGGCACCAUGGGUUACGUGGGCAGCCAGUCCGUGUCCCUGGGCUACCAGCCCUACAGCAUGCAGAACCUCAUGAGCACCCUCCCGGGCCAGGACGCGUCCCUGGCGCCCCAGCAGCCCUACCUGGCUGGGCAGCAGCCCCCAUACCAGCAGCUGGCACCCACCGGCGGCCCUCCGCAGCCGCAGCCCCCCGUGGCCCCGCAGCCUCCCGCACAGGGGCCGCCCGUGCAGCCUGGCGAAGCCCAGCUCAUCUCCUUCGACUGACCGAGUAACACUACGCUGCGCCAGCCGCCCUGCGG